AUGACACUCUUUACGGGUUGGUCCUUUGUCAUCUUCAUCAUUGGUUUGAACGUUAUCAACAUUUGCUUUUUUGCGGUGGCCGGCUCGGAGAUUCAUUGGCAAAACAUAGGAGUUGCAGGUGAUGCUGCAGGACGCGCUCUUUUGCUGUCGGGCUUGGUCUCCUCUGUACUGGUCACCAGCGCCCUGGUCCUCCUGGCCUGGCCCAUGAAGGACAUAUGGUUCGUCUCCGUGGGUCUGCUAGCAGAUAUCGUAUGCUGGCCUCUCGUGUUUGCAGCGCGUGGUCGCCUCGGCCAGUCCCAAGCUCAGUGGUCCUAUACCACAACAUACCUCAAGGUCCCGCAGGAAGAUGUUGAACAUGGCACCAAGGAAGAAGACGAUCGAGAACAGCCAAGCUUCAAUUUUACUGGAGGCUGGGUGGGUGUCAAGAAUUGGCCGUGGAUAAGGAUGUUUUGGCUCGCAGCGUACGUCUUGGCUGGUGUUGCGCUGCUUGCCCAGAUUACCCUAUGCAUCCUCCGCCCUCACGAGAGCUCUAUAACCUACAUGUCUUGGACCGCGGCGCUUCUUCCCUUUAUUGACUUCAAAAACUCGUCUCCAAGUCUUGAGAAACUCCUCCCCCAUUACAACUCUGGAAUUAACCGCAAUUGGGAUAACCGGACUGCACUCAGCGAGCCGAUCGCCCUCCCUUGGCUACCAAAGGAUUAUAUUCCCCAAGGCUUCGAAGAUUGGUACAACAAUAGGACACACUACAAUGCGGCGGCUGAUCCGCUCAGAAUUCCGAACCUGGGCGACGAAUUGCUUCCCCAACUAAGGAAGCUCGAGGGGGUACCGAUUCGGCAUAUCGUGACUAUCGCGCUUGAAAGCACGAGGAAAGACGUCUUUCCCAUCAAAGACGGUGGAAUCAACGCAGCACGUCUCAAAGAAUCGUGGGAUGACGGCAAAAUGCCUCAAGAUGCACUUGAGCGCCUUAGAACCUUAACACCAGUUGCCAGUUUCUUGACUGGUGAUCACGACGACGGAUUCGACCACCCAGGCGAGGAAAAGAAGAGCAGAGGCGGCCUGAAUUUUAACGAUGCAUACACCACUGCGACAUAUACGCUCAAAAGCCUUGUGGGAUCCCUCUGUGGCAUCACACCUCUAGUUGCCGACUUCAACCUCGAAUAUCAACACCAUAUCUACCAACCCUGUUUACCACAAAUCUUCGAAGCUCUCAACACUCUCGACAAAAGCAAUGCGCCUGGCUUUACCUCAUACAAGUGGAAAUCGUCAUUUAUGCAGUCCGUGACGGCAAACUUUGACAACACCGGUCCACUGAUGGAGAAAAUCGGAUUUCCUGCGGACAGUAUUAUAGACAGCGAAUACUUGAGAAGCAAGUCGGCCAAAUUUGGCCCGGUUGACCUGAAAAAUGUCAACUAUUUUGGCAUGGAAGAGACGCCUCUCGAAGACUACAUCCGGGAUCAGUUUAAAUCGGCCCAGCAGUCAAACGAGCGAGUGUUUCUCACUCACAUCACGAGUACGAGCCACCACCCAUAUGGACUGCCUGAAGGCGAGAAAUACGUGCCCCUAGGGAGGGGUCUGGAUGACCUCUCACAUUACAUCAAUGCCAUUGGGUAUGACGAUCGUUGGCUCGGCAAGAUACUCAACAUGCUAGACGACCUCGACGUGGCGAAUGAGACGCUCGUGGUUUUGGUGGGAGACCACGGCCUGUCAAUCCCAGAGAAUGACAUUCUCGCUUCGUAUUACAACCCCAACGUAGGGAGUAACCACGUUCCAUUGGUCUUCUCUCAUCCCAAGCUUCCACCUAUCACUAUCGACGGUGCCGUCUCAUCUCAGCAAAUCUUACCCACGGUGCUGGAUCUCCUCAUCGAGACGGGAUCGUUAUCAAAGCCUGCUAAACGCGCUGCAAGCGAUCUCCUUCACAACUACGAGGGGCAGUCGCUAAUUCGGCCUGUGCACAAGGCGCGGCCAGCAACAGCCAACCGAGACACCGAACAGCCAUCUUCAUCCGCAGACUCGACACCUCUCGAAGUAGCAAAUUGGCAAUUCACAGUCAUCAACCCCGGCCGCGCCAUGCUUGGUGUUCGUGACGCGCGCCACAAGUCUUGGAGAAUAGUUGUUCCUGUGCUGGACAACGUCGAGUGGCACUUUACAGAUAUCGCCAUGGACCCGCGCGAGGCGGAACCUGUGCUCGGGUUCGAAUUUGCCGAGUUCCUCGUGAAGAUCGAACAGACCCAUGGCAAAGACGCAGCAAGCUGGGCUGAGGAAGCGGCAUUUAUAGCAAGGUGGUGGGUAGAAGAAAACAACAAGCGAUGGCGUUACGGGCCGUAUGCAUCUUAUUAG